AUGAUCUGUUUCUUGAAUCAGUCUACACACUCCGAAACCACCGUAGACCCCAGCGAUGAGCCGGCGCUCCUCCCUGGCUUGCCGAACCACCUAGCCCAAGCAUGCCUCUCCACCGUCCGCCCCUCUCUCCUCUCCGCCGUAUGCCGCCAGUGGCGCCGCCUCAUCUACACCCCGUACUUCCCUCCCUUUUUAUCUCUUUACGCCAUCGUUGCCAAUAACAAUGGUAGCCACCUCUCGGAUUCCGUCGGUUUCUUUAAUUUUGAUCCAAUCUCCUCCAAAUGGACAACCUUGCCAACUCCGACGGUGGACCCACCUCUUCGUUUUCUCCACCGCCACCCGUCGUUCAUAUCCCGGAAUCUUACCAUACAAUCUUUGACGGUCUCCAGUCGUCUAGUGCUCAUUGCAGCCACCGGUCAUAACUUCCUUCCGGCGUUAUCUCAUCCGUUGAUUUUCGACCCUCUUACCGGAGAAUGGUUUCUUGGUCCUCCACUGUCAAACCCACGGCGGUGGUGCGCCGCCGGGUCUAUCGGCGAUGCGGUGUACGUGGCUAGCGGUGUUGGGGCCCACUACCGUGGUGACGUGGCGAGGAUGGUUGAGAAAUGGGAUGUGAAGAGGAGGAGAGAUGAGUGGAGGUGGGAGGAGAUGGCCGCGCUUAACGAUGGAAGAUUUAGUCGAGAAUCAGUGGAGGCAGUUGGGUAUAAAGGGAAGCUUUGCAUGGUGAAUGUGAAGGGUAAUGCCGGAAAAGAAGGUGUCGUUUAUGACGUUGAGGAAAACCGGUGGGAGAAAAUGGCUGCCGGAAUGCUUUCACGGUGGAAAGGGCCGGUGGGUGUGGCGGAGGAAAAGGUGAUGUAUGUGGUGGAUGAAGAAAAGGGUGCCGUCAGGAAGUAUGAUGAUGAGAAUGAUUGUUGGGAAGAGAUGAUUGAAGGGUCGGAGCUUCUGAAAGGGGCGGAGCAAAUGGCGGUUGGUGGAGGGAAACUUUGUGUUGUUUCCGGUGGCGGUAGGAGGAUUACGGUGGUGGACAUGGUGGCGGAGCCUGUGAAGCUUUGGGCGGUGGAUCCGCCAUUGCCGGAAAACGAAGUUAUCUCAGUACAUAUCUUGAGUAGGCCAAGCAAAAGUUUAUAA